CCGAAUGAUACAAAACCAAUUGUCAAAGUCUGUGCUAAUGUUGAUAUGACAACCAAUGAGCAGAAAUUUCUAGAAUACGCCAGGAAGGGUGAUACGUCUUGUUUGCUCAAAAUUUUAAGUUCUAUAGCUGAAGCCGAAAGAGUGCGUCUUGCUCUUGCAAGAGACGUUCAAAAGGAAACUUCAUUGCACUAUGCUUGCAGAUUUGGAGAUCUUAAGCUUAUUAAAUUUUUAACAGAUAGUGGUGCUGAUUUAAACGCUAGAAAUGGAAAACUGGGGACACCUCUACACUGUGCGGUUUCCCAUGGACAUUUGCCAGCUGUCAGGCAUUUACUAGAAUGUGAAGUGGAAAUCGACCAAAAAGAUAAUUCUGGCGUAAAUUUUUUUGCUGUUUUAAAAACUCAAAAGGUGGACUAA